AGUCACUGUUGUUUGCCACUCCAAAUCUGGCACGUGACCUAAACCCAUCCAGCGGCGCGCAACGUGAAAGUAGCUUCCAAUUCCAUCCAUGAGCAGUUGCAGACUUGUACCGCUCUGGAGAUGUGAGCAUCCGUCGUAAUGCCCUCUUAUUUUUACCACAUUGCGAUCGAACUAUUUUCUCGCCCGCAGUCUGACCUCCAAGGCGCCUAUCCAGGUGUGGAUAAGCACGCUUCCACGUCUCUCGCUUUCGACUCCGCAUGUGAAGCUCUGCUGCCGUUCCAGAAGCGCCGGCCCUCAACCUGGGCACAUCGAUCCCCUCGCCAUCAAUCGACCGGAAAACACCAUCGCUCCCCACCUAAACCUUCCACUGAACUUCGCCGCUCAGACGCCACAUUCAACCCCGGAUACACUCCUACCCCUCAUCCCUACGUGACUUCGCCGACAAACGCAUCCGAUUUCGAGAAAGACCUCCGAUUCGAUAAGGUAUCCAUCGAGUGCAUUGAUAUGAUUCCGUCCCAACAAGAAGCUGCUGCUGCUGCGAAGCGGACAGGCUGGAGAGAUCUUGACGACAACCCGAUCGCGACGGGCAUCGGGACGGAUAUCCUUGGCGGUCUCCGCACGAAAGGCCAAUAUAUACCGCUGGAUCAGAGCAUAUCGGAGAGUGUCUGGGGAAUUGUACACCUGUAUCGGGAUACUCAGGAGACCCCGUACCUGGUACAGGAUGACUAUCCUUCGUACCUGAAGGGUUCUGCGGCCGCCGCGAGACCACCGUACGAUGAGCUGGGUGGAAAUAGCAGAGGCCUGCGCGGGGAGGAACAUAUGCCGGAUGAGGAUUGCACGACGCUCUGCAUUCUAGCUGUCCCUUCAUACAUGUCGCCAUUUGAUCUCUUAGGAUUCGUGGGCGAGACUACCAUGAAUGAUGUUAGUCAUUUUCGGAUGAUCCGGACCGCUCGAGUGAAUCGAUAUAUGGUUCUGAUGAAGUUUCGCAGCGGAAAGAAGGCCAAGGAAUGGCAAAAGGAUUGGAAUGGGAAGGUCUUUAACAGCAUGGAGCCUGAAACGUGCCAUGUCGUCUUCGUGAAAACCGUUGAAAUCCAAGCCGUCGAGCCGGAAACGCAGUCCGAUGAGCCGCAGAGCGGGCUGCUUUCACACAACACGACGACCCCUGUGCGGACGACACCAAUCUCAACAACUCAAUCAAGCGCCAUAUCUUCCGCUACUCUCUCUACCAGGCCUCUGGCGCCUCCGACACCCGCACUGAUCGAGCUGCCGACAUGUCCUGUGUGCUUGGAACGUAUGGAUGAAACCACGGGUUUGCUCACUAUCAUCUGCCAGCAUGUGUUUCACUGCAUGUGUCUACAGAAGUGGAAGGGGAGCGGCUGUCCUGUAUGUCGAUACACGCAGGACGACAUCCGAAGGAACAGCCAAGUCGCCCUGUAUGAUGAUGAAUCGGCUGAGUGCAGCGUGUGCCACUCGGAUAUGAACCUCUGGGUCUGCCUCAUCUGCGGGAGCAUCGGCUGCGGGCGUUAUGACGGAGCCCAUGCCUUUGAGCAUUACAAAGACACCGCGCAUGCCUUCGCCAUGGAUCUCUCUACGCAGCGCGUGUGGGACUACGUUGGCGACGCAUAUGUGCACCGCAUUAUACAAAGCAAAACCGACGGCAAGCUCGUGGAACUCCCUGCAGCGGACAACAGCGCGCUCGACCCACCAGACUGGACGGACGCCGUUCCCCGGGAGAAGCUGGAGAACAUGAGCGUGGAAUACACACACCUACUCACCAGCCAGCUGGAGAGCCAGCGGGCCUACUUCGAAGAGGUGGUCGAGCGUGCCGUGGACAAGGCAUCCCAGGCUAGUGCGGCCGCCACUUCCGCGCAGGAAGCCGUCGAGAAAGCCACGGCAAGUCUAAAGAGUCUCCAAGCGAAAUACGACAACCUGACCCGCGAGAUCAUCCCCAGUCUUGAGCGGGAUAAGACCCGAGUCGAAAAGCGCGCCGAGAAGUUCGAGUUGAUGACGCGCAAGAUGGAAAAGGAGUGGCGGGAAGAGAAAACGAUGAACGAGAACUUGAUUGAACGGGUAGAGCUUUUGAAGUCGGAGGUGGAGAGUCUCAAACUGGCGAAUGCGGACCUGACGGAGCAGAACCGGGACUUGACUUUUUUCAUCAGCGGGUCGGAGCGCCUGAAGGACCAGGGCGAGGAGGUGAUGCAGGGGACGGUCAGUGUUCCUGAGCCAGAAAAGCCCAAGAAGAAGGGAAAGGGGAAGAGGAAGUGACCGGGCCUGGUGAUUCAAAAUGGAGACCACAGGCUCACCGGCGAGUCCAUCCAAUUCAUCACAGCAGCCAGAUGCAAUUGCUCUACAGCUGCCCUAUAUCAAUAACCCACUAGCAGACUACUCUAAUAACUAUAGCUAGGCUUAGCACCAAUGCAACAAACCAG